GUUUUUUCGCCGCAAAACAUGACAUCCAUCCUGACCACAUGCGGCCAAUGUGGUGUAUCGACGCUGACCCCUGCAAACAAGUACAAUGAAACGUCUUUGGCCUCAUUACACGCACUGUCGAAGUCCUUACCAAAAUCUAUAUGGCACACCAACGAUCCCGCUCCCCCGGGACUGCGAUCCGAUAUUUCUCGCAUCAUCGCGGGUGGCGAAAAGGAGGUCGCCAGUAUUAAGGCAGCGAUCAGCACACUCAUCGUCGCACUGAAGGAGCUCUACCAAGCACGCGACACAGUACAAGGCCUUACUCACAAACACAAGUCUCUCGUAUCUCCCUUGCGAACUCUUCCCUCCGAGAUUCUUUCUGAGAUCUUCACGUACGCUGUCGAUCGGAGGCCCAGUCGCAGUUCGCGCCUACUGGACCCCACGCAGACGUUACACGUACACAAAGGAGUAUGGACUCUCUCACGCGUGUGCUCGCGAUGGCGCCGCCUCGUACAGGGCGAUGCACGACUAUGGACACGCAUCGACCUACAUGCCAAGUCGCUGGCGCGCGCUCGCGAUCCCGUCUCCAUCCUCCGAACGUAUCUUAGUCAUUCGAGGGACAAGUCACUUGUGAUAGACUGCUCCUUCUCGUCAUAUCCAGCCUACAUGCCUGCGCCUAAUGCGGCUGCGGGCGUCAUACGCCUCCUAUGGGAGCAUGCGUCGCGAUGGCGGAAGGCCAGCUACCACUUUGCCGACUGCGACCCACGCGUGUGGGAGGAGAUCAAGCACUCGACCUACGAUCGUCUUGAGGAGAUCCAUAUACGCUUCGGCCGCUCCGUCCCGCCAGACGCUGCCGUCGCGUUCGACAAAGCGCCGCUCCUCCGCCGCUGCUCGUUCAAGCAGGUUUACUCACUACCGCCCAACCUGAAGUUACCACUACGACAGCUCACGCUCUACCUCGGCCCCUGCCGCAUCGGGCAGACGGACGUGCUCCCUUCCCUCACCGACGUGGAGCACCUCCAGCUCACGGACUACAGCUCCGGGCCGGUCGUACAUCUGCCGCACUUGCGACACUUAUGCGUAAAGAACGCGAGCGUCGUCGACCGGCUGGUGGCGCCCAAUCUCGAGGAGCUCUCGGCCUAUCAUCUGAUCAGCGGCAUGCAGAGUACCGUGGAUAUGCUGCGUCGUUCCAAGUGCGACAGCCUCCAUGUCCUGCAGACGUCGUUCAUCCAUUUUCCGCUGCAAGCUAUCCUUGAAAUUGUCACGUUAUCCCCCAAACUUCAUGACCUGCGCAUCGCUGUGCAGCCCGAGGACGCCACGCAGGCAGACGAAUUCUUCCAGCGCAUGUUUGCACCAGUUCCAGGAGCAGACGACGAAGAAAAGCCUCCGGACGCAUCGCCUCUCGUCACUCUCGCGCCCGAGCUGCGCAGGGUCACUUACGCCUUUUACGGGGACCGAUUACAGGCGCCCGAGUCCUUCAUUCAGUUCCUGAAGUCUCGCGUAUCGCAGGAGCCACGGACCUUAAAGGAGGCAACGUUAUUGCUGAGCGACAGGCGGUACCACGAGAAGAAUCCUGCACUUCAGCGCAGCAUAAAGGAGCUGGCCAAGGCGGGACUGAAGCUGAAGAUUAUGGACGUGCACCUGGCGUUUAUCGGAGAUAUAUAG